AACGCCAACGACGAUGAUGAUACCUUAACCUAAGGGCAAACAUUUUAAUUUUAAAAGUGAAUUUUAAAAAGUUUAGUUUUCAUAUAUACGUUCCCUGUUUUCUUAAGUGAAGACAAAAUGGCACUCCAAAUAUAAAUACAUGCACUAAUCUAUAACGAUUUACACUGAAACAUAGAUGAUAAGGAAAUGUUCUUUUAUCUUUAGAAUUGACACUAUGUCCACGAAGAAUAGACGCUAUUACCUUGUGAUAGCUUUUAGUUUACUAUUCUUAAGCUUUUUCAAUACAGGAUGGUGUUGUCCUGAUGGCUGGACCGCAUACAGGGUAUCCUGUUACCAUAUCAGCAGGGACUCCCAGAAUUGGUUUAAUGCCCUGAAAAUGUGUGAGAUACAUGACAGCUACCUAGUGCACAUUGACAAUGUUGAUGAGAACGUCUUUAUUACACAUCUACUUCAAACUUCCAACACGAACAACACGUGGCUGGGUGCCACAGACUGGACAGUGGAAGGCACGUGGCUAUGGGAACCACACGGUCAUAAGAUGGAUUAUACCAAUUUUGCACCAGGCCAACCAAAUAACUAUCAUACUCAAAACUGUUUAUUAAUGGACGCCGCACACCACUAUCAAUGGAACGACCUAGGGUGUUUGACAUCUACACGACAUUAUAUCUGCGAAAGAGGACAAAACACUGGCUUCAUUAUUGGAUAAUAAAGGACACGUAAA